AUGGAGAAAACUUUCUAUCUUAAUGGCAAACCUCUUGUUUAACCUCCAUUAACAAUUGAACAACGAUUAAAUGAGCGUCUUGCUAGAACUGGAUAUUAGAUUGAAGAUAUAAAUAGACUCAAUGAACGUCCGAAAUUAUAAAUUGUAGUUAUAUUACUAAUGAUCAAAGAUUGAUCUUGAUGGAUUAACUUCUGGAUAUUUGAAUAAAAAUUAAAUCUUUUAGAUGCUCAAAUAAUAAAUUAUGAAUUGGAAUGAAAAAGUUACACUUAAUAGAGCAUAAUAACUUGAAUUAAAAGAUCCAUUUAUCUAUGAUAAUCUUUAUAGAUAAUUGAAAAAUUCAUUACUUGAAGUAGCCUGUACUAGAAAUAACUAAUAAUAAUUAGAAUUUCUAAAUAAAGUUUAAAUUUGGUUCUUUCGUUAAUUACCAAAAUCAUAAAAAUAAUAAUUAUCUUAAUCACUUAUAGAAAAGACAGACAAUGUAAUAUGUAUAUUCUAAUUUUCAGACAUUGUAAUAUAUUCCCAAUAAUUAUAAUGAAAGUAUGUAUGCAUCUGGAAUUGAAGAUUAUACAUUAAAAUAUAGAUCAACACAUCCAGAUUUUGAUCCUCCUGAAGAUAGAGUAAAAAGUUAUCACAGAAAAAAUUUACUUUCAGAUACAAGUACUAGACCUGGUACAACUCCAGGAUUAAUGGGUUUUUCAUAAUAUACAAGACCCUAAACUUCAUAAACUACUUAUAAAAUGGUAGAUUAAGUUGAUAAACUCUCAAGACCAAGAACAAAUUAAUAAUAUUCUGUUAUUAAACAAUAAGCCUCUUGGAUGUAUGAUACAAAUUUUCCUGUUUUUGAAACUUUUGAAGAAUAAUAAAAAAGUACUAGACGUUAAAUUUAAAGAGAGGAAUCUCCACUUAAAGCUGAUAGACCUAGUGAUAGAGAUAAAUUAGAUUAAAUAGAAGGGCUAGAAUAAGAAUAAGAUGAAGAAGAAUCUCCUGAUAAAAUUGAUGGUACAUAAAAAAAUAUACAAUCACAAAAAGAUAUUUCACCUAAGAGAAAAAAAAAGAAAAAAGAAAGAAAUAAUAAAUAUAUUAGUAUUGCACCCGAAUUAAAGACUUACAAAGCUGAUAAAGACACUUAAUUAGUUUAUUAAAUUGGAUAAAAUGAUAGAUUUGGAGAAUUAUAAGGUGCAUUUAAUAAUUAUGAUCCUUCUAAUAAUGAUGAUAAAAUGUCUAUUACCAGACUUAAUCAGUAUUAUUAAGAAUUAAGAAUAAAAGAAAUUAGAGAAUAAAGAGAAGAUAUUGAAAUGGUUUAAAAUAUGAAAGAUUGGGCAGCAAAUAAAAGUAGAAUUGAUGAAAUAAUAUUAUAAUCUGAAUAUGUAUAAAUAUGUAUAUUAUAAAUAUUUAGCUAUAAUCUUUCGGAUCUCAGUUUACAAAUAUUGGUAUCAAAAUGUCUGAAAUCUAUGAAUCUAAAAAGAUGGAUCUUGUAGAAGAAAAAGCUUAUGCUAAUUAUUUAAAUAAAACUUCAUUACCAAAAGGUAGAAAUAUCUAAAGUUCAUUUCCAGUCACUAAAAUUAUUUAAAACACUGUUAUGCCUACCUAAGUUGAUGAUGAAGUUGAAGAUUUUUAAUCUAAAAAUGCUUAUUUAGAAUUAAGAAUUAAUUCAUAAAAACUUUAAUAAUUAAAAAGAGCAAGAGGUAGUUGGUUACCUGGAGAUAUAUAAAAUAAUCCUAGCGUUGAAAGUAUUUCAAAUAAUCGAUCAUUAUCUUCCAGUUGUUUUAGAAGUGCUUAACCUUCAAAACAAUUUAGUGCUAUUUUCAAAAGUCAUAGUAUUAAGUCUGAUAUAGAUAAAUAAGUAUUUUAUAAUUACUUAAAUUUAGAUUAAUGAAAUUAAUUUCUUAAAAAAUAGAUUAGCCUCAGAAAAAAGAUUUGUUCCUAUUACUAUACUAUAAAAAUCUAUUGUAAUUCCUUAAGGACACUUAAAUCCUCAAAAGAUUCCAUUACCAAAACCUGGUAUUUUGCUGGCUAAUAUUCCUGAUACAAGUAAAAAAACUAGAGGUAAAAAAAAGAAAUCUAAGAAAUGA